UCUGAUCAUCAGUCACUCACCGACAGCUUCAGCUCAGCCGUGCGCGUUCACGCUCCGGUUUUGGAGAUGUCGGCGCCAUCCCCAAGCGCCUGCUGGCAGAGGGGAAAGUAUUUUGACUCCUAAAAGAAAUCCAACGUUAAGGGCAAAAUGUUUCGAUGAGCCGCCAUCCAUAAUCGAGCCGGGACAAUCAGCCAACCCUGAUUUGGACUUUUUCUUCCUCUUGAACGAGUUCCUGCCUGCAGCCGCUGUGGGUACCGGAGUCGCCAUGGAGACAGUGGUGAUCGUGGCCAUUGGGGUGUUGGCCACCAUCUUCCUGGCCUCCUUCGUCGCCCUGGUGGUGGUGUGCAGACACCGCUACUGCCAUCCUCACGACCUGCUGCACCACUUCGACUCCAAGCCCACAGUGGAUCUGAUUGGAGCCAUGGAGACCCAGAGUGAGCCGUCGGAACUGGAGCUGGAUGACGUGGUCAUCACCAACCCUCACAUUGAGGCCAUCCUGGAGGACGAGGACUGGAUAGAGGACGCCUCUGGAUUGGUCUCUCACUGCAUCUCAAUCCUAAAGAUCUGCCACACUUUGACUGAAAAGCUGGUUGCCAUGACAAUGGGUUCAGGUGCAAAGGUCAAAGCACCGGCCAGCCUUAGUGACAUCAUCAAUGUGGCCAAACGCAUCAGCCCGAGGGUGGACGACGUGGUCAGGUCCAUGUACCCUCCUCUGGAUCCAAUCCUCCUGGAUGCCAGAGCCACCGCUCUCCUCCUUUCAGUCAGCCACCUGGUGCUGGUCACCCGCAACGCCUGUCACAUGUCCGGCAGUAUGGACUGGAUCGACCAGUCGCUCAACGCGGCCGAAGAUCACAUGGUGGUUUUGCGCGAGGCGGCGCUGGCCUCCGAACCGGAUCGAAGCAUACAUGGAGCUGACGCACAGAGAGAACAGGCCAUCUAGACAUUGAAACAGAUACAACGUGUCCAUGUUAUCCAUGUGCAUCUGUACUCAGUUGAUUUUUAACAGGCACAUAUUCUGCCACAUUGUUGAAAAGGCACGCUUCCCAAACUCAUCACGCAGUCCAAAUUAACAAGGACACAUCUGAACGCUGUGCUGAUGGAUGCAGGGACUUGACUCCGUCCCUUAUUUUCACUUCUCACUUAAAAAAAGAAAACCUUGGAAAUUGUUUCUUUAUCAUAUUCUCACCAAAAAGUGCCUCAAAUUAUUCUGCAUUCACUUCAGCUACAAAGUAAGUAGAUGUCACACAUUUAGAUACAGGUGAGGUUUUUAUCUGUCCAACCCUACAGCAGAUCUCUUUUAGAGUUGGUCUGCUCAAACUGCCUGUGAGGGAAAGGCCUUUGCAAAUUUCUUUCUCGGGUGCGCCAUCACCCAGCGGUGGGCCUAAAUCCAAUCUCGCCAGCACUGCACAGUCACAUGGAGGCUUAGUCAGCUAAUCCAUUUUGAGGAAAAUAUCCAGUUAGCCAGUGAACCCAAAGGAGUUCCAACUCAGUGGACCAAUGGAAGACUAACCAGACUUAUUUACAAUUUGUGGGUUCAGCUUGACUUGUGGAUGUACUAAAACAUCCCUCAGAUACUCUCUCUGUUAGAAAUGGCUGGUCUGUGAGUUGUAACCACAUAACGCAAGUGGUUUUAGCCACAUCAGCAGCAGAGUAAGAGUUUUUUCCAUUUGAGUUAUUCCCUUUUGUCCCAUUGCUGCAUUGUAUUAUGAUUAAUUGAGGCUGUUAUCCAUGGAGAAGCACCACUUUGGUCCACACUGAAGUAUCUCAACGGCUACUCGAUGGAUUAGCACAAACAGUUGGACAGACACUCAUUAUUCCCAGAGGAUGAAUCCUAUUGACUUUGGUGAUCCCCUGCCCUUCGCUCAAGCACCAUCAGCAGGUCCACCAUUGUGAUCGAGUGUCUCAACAACAUUUGCCUUAAAAAUCCACACAGAUUUUCAUCUCCACAGCAUGAAUCACACUUACUUUGGUCAUUUUUUUUUAUCAAAUACCUGCAAAAGGAAUGACAUUGCCAUCAACAUGUACAUUGUGUUUAGUGCUUAAUUGCCUGUGUUAGCAUGCUGACACACUAAACUAAUAAGGUAAACAUCAGCAUUUUUAGGGCUGUCAAUGGAGGUAUAUUAACAUGCUGAUGUUAGCAUUUAGCUCAAGGACAGCCUCAUAGGACUGCUUGAGUGGUUGUACAAGUCUUGUUUUCCCCCUGUAUGAUUUUCUGAGAGUCAACACUAGACAGUGAGUCAAGAAACACUUUUUCUUUAAUUUUGACAAGAAAAACCUUUUUAAAAAAAGCUAAAACUUGUUAUCAAAUCAGCUGUAGCUUCGGUUUCCAUCUACAAUUCUCCAAGAAUAAGGAUGUUACACAAAUAUCAAAGUACCAAGACAUUUUUAAGCGCAAAAAAAAAAAUCGCAUCACGAUCAGCAGAAAUGUGGAACUUUCCCACCAUAUAUAGAGGUACACUAUCUCGUUACGUAUUGCAGUGUUACGUGAGGCUGUUUGGGACAGUGGGUUGAUUGAGGUGGAGCAGAAUUAGGGUGUUGUUUUGGGCCAGAGGGAUGUUAUUGGAGCAUGUCUACCUGCUCACCCAUGCAUAGCUAAUAGUGAAACCCCAAGGAGUCCUAAUAAGGCAUUAGCCUACCCACAGCCACAAUAAACACAUGGGCUUAAGCUGCAAUCCGCAUGGCACAAACCUUUGUACACACAAGGCUGGCAGACAAAUGAACACAUCAGUGUGACACACGACUGUUAAAUACACAUCAUAGACUACAGGCUCAAACACACUAGUUUUAAGAUUUUGGUGACAAUCAAGACGAGAAGGUUUUCAAAAGUCUGUUAACUGAAAUUCAGCUGAAAACUGUAGCUCUGAACAUGCAGAGAUGUUUUGAUGAAAAGGUAUCAAUUGAGGAGGAAACCUGUAGAAAGUGGUUAGCCUUUUAUUUUUUCUUGUUUACAUUGUUUUUUUUUAGCAUUGAACCGUUUUUAUGCACUCCUUUGUUUUCUCACCCUUAUCCCACAGUUUGUUACUGAUGUCCUUCCUUCACUCCCACACGCCUUUUCUUUUCAUCUUUCAUUGAUUCAUACAGAUAAACUCUAAUAGGAAAAUGUGUUGGUUUUCUUUGCUCUGAACAACAGCUACAGAGAAAUCCAUGUCUUAUAAAGAGUCCAAACACUCAUACUAGUUUGACGUCAAUAAAAGUGAAUUUCUUUCCUCUUUUUAUUACUUUGUAAGCAGUCCUUUGUGUAACAGCAUGGUGCUGAUACCCCCCUGCCAUCUUCUCUUCUCAGUGGAGGAGGAAGUCCCUGCUGCAGGAGUGCCAGUCAGCCUCCAUUUGU